UUAGCUCGCGCCGCUGGGGCCCGCAGCCGCCUCUGCCCGCGGCCUGGCUUCCUGCUCUCGGAGCCUUCCUUCCCAGCCCCCUCCCACAGCCCGGGCCUCUUUCCCCUCCUCCCUCCCACCUCCAGCCGCCAGGUCUCCAGCCGCCCGCCCGCCUAGGGCCUGAGUGGCAGAGGCGCCUGCAGCUGCCAAUCCCAAAAAUAUUCUCUGAUGACACAGCCGGAGGACAAGAGCCCAGACGGGCCCCUCCGGGCUAAGUAUAGAGCGGGCGGGACCACCAGGCCCCCUGCUCAAGCCCCAGUUCUAGCCCCAGCCCUAGCCCUUCCCCCCAGGACUAGCCACACAGCAAUUUGGUCCCAAGGGGCCCCCAGAAGUUGGAAGGGGGCUGGCCAGCCUGUCUCCCUGACAAAUAAGACCUUCAGGAACUGGCAGAACCCCACCUCUCGGGCUUGGAUCCACCUGAGGUCACCUGGCUUGUAAACCUCAGCACAGUGUGUGAGGGUGGUAGGGGGGAGGGACUGUACUUGCUGGGCCAGGUCACUAGGGGUGAAAAGCCUUACCAGCCCCCUCCCUCACAUUCCUGUUGGGAGUGAGAGAUAAGGCUCAGGGCCACAGACGUCUGUGUCCAAGAUAGUCUCAAUGCCAUGGGCAGGGGCAGCUGGGACAGAUGGGCGUGGGAAGAUGGGGGAUGAGAAGGGUAGAAGAGGCGGGAUGUGGGAUGGGGAGGGCCCAAGCAGACGCUGAUAGAGGGACACACAGCAGGGUGUGUGUGUGUGUUGUUGCCAAGAGCCAGGUGGACCAUGGUGUUCCUGGGGCCAAUGCUGUUUUGGGGGCUGCUGGCCCUGCAUGGCACAGGGGGCUGUAGCGGGCCGGGAGUGGAGGUGGAGGUGGAGGUGGAGCGGGAGCUGAUCCUGGCCAAGGUGAAGGACCUGUUACUGGAUGCCCUGGGGCCCCCGGCAGUGACCAGCAAAGAUGGGGAGCCCGGAGGCAGGCGGCUGCACCGAAGACAUGCCCUGGAGAACACAGAAGAGGAGGAUGCCUUCCGGGGCCUCAUGCUCACUGGCUUGGAGUCCCAGGCCCGGGAGCCCAGAGACAAGGACGAGGAUGUCUCCCAAUCCAUCCUUUUCCCCGCCACAGGUUCCAGCUGUGAGUGGGAGCCCGGCACUGGUAAGCUGGCCCAGGAGGCCAUCAAGGGGUUCUUCACCUAUGUCUUCCGGCCAUCCCAGCAUACUCGCAGCCGGCAGGUGAGCUCGGCCCAGCUGUGGGUACACACCAGGCUGGCCAAGCAGGACCCAGCAACCUCUAGGAGCUCGGAGCCCCAGCUCAGCCUGUUAGUGUUGUCUCCCGAAGGGCUCAGGGCAGUGCCCGUGUCGCUGGGCCAAGCGUCUCCUCAUUGGAUCGUGCUGCGCCUGGACGCCUCUGCCCUCCCCCUGUUCACCCAGCCGGAUCUGGUGUUCCUGUUACGCUGUCCCUUCUGCUCCUGCUCAGCCCGGCCCGAGACCAGGCCCUUCCUGACGGCCCACACCCGGCCCAGAGCAGCCAGCAGAGAGAGGAGACAUGCACCAGGCUCAACCGCCCCGCUGGCCUGGCCUUGGUCUCCGACCUUGCUGGACCUGCUGCAGAGGCCUCCGGAUGAGCCGUCCAUCCACGCCCACUGCCACCGCGCCGCGCUCAACAUCUCCUUCCAGGAGCUCGGCUGGGAGCACUGGAUCGUGCACCCGCCCAGCUUCACCUUCUACUACUGCCACGGGACCUGUCGGCUGCCCAUCUCCCCGGGUCAGCCCCUGCUGAGCUCCCAGGCAGGCACCUCCGCCACUCCACAGCCCCUCUCUCUGGUAUCAGGGAUCAAGCCCUGCUGUGCCAGUCAUGUAGGGACCAGGAAGCCCCUCCACGUCCGCACCACCUCAGAUGGGGGCUACUCCUUCAAGUAUGAGACCAUACCCAACCUCAUCACACAGGACUGCGCCUGCAUCUGAGGGCGGCCUGUCUCGUGGCCCCACGGCUGCUGGUCAGGCCUGGCCAGCUGCUGGGAGACCACUCAGGAGGAAGUGAGCAAGAUGGAGGCCCCCCCCUCUGCCCUCCCUCACACCCCGGCUUCCACUUCUCUGCCUGAGGGCUCACCUCCACCCCCCACCCCCGUUCCAUGGGUAACGUGUGACAGUAAACAGCAUACUGCAUAUA